AUGUUUCUUCCACUUCAAAAACUGCUGGCUGCCAAGCAUCUUUCGCGCCGCCCUUUGCGCGUAGUGGUGGUAGCGAGGAAACCCGUUGGUGUAGUUUCCCUUCUUCUACCGCGCUCUCGCUCUAGGCACAGGAAGAUCCAAUCUGCAUCCAAUCCAAGAUUCGCUCCAUCAAUAAAGCAGAACAGCACUCACUCUUUCGUCCACGGAACCCACAUUCAGCAGUCCAGCAGUCCCGCCUUGCACACUACAGCUACACCGGCCAGUCCACAGCGCACACAAGUUGCCCAGCAUGCUUUCAUGCGGCCACGUGCCAAUCACCCAUCACUGCACACCCAGCAGAGUGCGCACACCUUCCUGCAGAUCCUAGCAGCAGCAGCACGGGUCACAGCAGGGGCGGGUUGUCAGGGUUGGGAUAAGAACCCGCAACCAGAUAAGCUCAUGGGUGGUGUAGAACAACUAGUUGACGAGCAUGACAUUGAAAAAGUCGCGUCAGCCAAUCAGCUCUCAGCUGAUGAUGUGGCAGCAGGGGAGCUGUCGCUGGACUGUAACCGCUUCCUGAUUGGCCGCAGCAUGAUCAACGACCGAGUGAGCGACCAUGAGGAGGGGAUCACGUGGCUGCGGUCGGCCCCGCGCCUGCUGUGGGUGGCUCGGGAGAGGCGUGCCGAGGCUGAUGCAGCUGAGAGGCAGAGGAGGCAGGAGAAGUAG